AUGGCUCCCAUCUCUAUCGCAGACAUCGUCGCCGCUCUGCCGGCCGAAGACACCUGGGGCCCCGCUACCGCCAGCGACAACAUGCUGCAGGGCGUCCCCUACGCUCCCUUCUCCAAGGGUGACAAGCUGGGCCGUAUGGCUGACUGGACUGCUGAGUCCAAGGACCCUAACCGUGCCGGUCGCCAGGCCUACAACCGCAACUACAGAGGUAUACCAUAUCCUAAUAUAUCCAGCCAAGCCAAGACAAAGCAACUAACUCUGUUUCCUCCAGACCAGCAAGUCUAUGGUGCCGGUUCCUCCAGCCUCUUCGCCGUCCAGGUCGCCGAAGACGAAUCCUCCUUCUCCGUUGUUGACAACACCCGCAGUUCCGCUAAGCGUACCUUCGGUCGUGGCGGUGGUACCGUCUUCCGUGGCCGCGCCCAGCGCGGUGGUGCUCAGCGCGGUGGUCGCGCUGGCUUCCAGCGUGUGGGUGCUGGCCGUGGCCAGGGUGGUGACCGCUACUACGACAACCGCUCUGGCGGCCGUGGUAACCGUGGCCGUCGCUUCGGCUGGAAGGACUACGACAAGCCCCAGCGCACCCGUGAGCCCUCGGUCAACGUCCGCCCCGACUGGAACAUGCUGGAGGAGGUUGACUUCAGCCGUCUGUCCAAGCUGAACCUCGAGGCCCCCGAGGGUGAGGACGUCGACUCGUACGGUUUCCUCUACCACUACGACCGGUCCUACGACAAGGCCCCCGUCAAGAACGCCGAGCGCCGUCUCCAGUCCCUCGACCGUGCCGCCUACAACGUCACCACCACCCAGGACCCCGUCAUCCAGGAAUUGGCCGAGAAGAACGAGGCCACCAUCUUCGCCACCUCGGAUAUCCUGUCCAUGCUCAUGUGCGCCCCCCGCAGUGUCUACUCUUGGGACAUUGUCAUCGUCCACCAGGGCAACAAGAUCUACUUCGACAAGCGCGAAGGCGCCUCCCUGGACCUGGUCACCGUCAACGAGAACGCCGCCGACGCUCCCCUUGAACUGGCCGACUCCGCCAACAAGCAGGAUGCCAUCAACACCCCCAGCGCCCUGGCCAUGGAGGCCACCUUCAUCAACCACAACUUCGCCCUGCAGACCGUCGUUGAGUCCGAGGACAGCAAGGUCUCCCUGGCCCACCCCAACCCCUUCUACAACGCCGCCGAGGAGACCGAGCCCCUCGCCUCCAAGGCCUACAAGUACCGCCGCUUCGACCUGUCCCUGGAGCGCGAUGACGAGCCCGUCAACAUGAUCGUCCGUACCGAGGUCGACGCCCUCAUGAAGAACCCCGUCAACGGCGAGGACCAGCAGCUGCUUGUCAAGGCCCUCAACGAGUUCGACAGCAAGGCCCAGGGCUCCGGUGGUGCUCUCGACUGGCGCAGCAAGCUCUGGUCUCAGCGUGGUGCCGUUGUCGCUACUGAGAUGAAGAACAACAGCGUCAAGCUCGCCCGCUGGACCACCCAGGCCAUCCUCGCCAAGGCUGACGGCAUGAAGCUGGGUUUCGUCUCCCGUGCUAACCCCCGCUCUGCCGCUGGUCACGUCGUUCUCGGUGUUGUCGGCUACAAGCCCCGUGAUCUGGCUGCCCAGAUGAACCUGAACCUCAGCAACGGUUGGGGUAUCGUCCGUACUAUUGUUGACCGUAUCCGUGCCCUCGAUGCCGAUGAGGAUGAGGACAAGGUCACCAAGUACGUCCUUAUCAAGGACCCCAACCGUCCUGUGCUGCGUCUGUACAGCGUCCCUGCUACCACCUUUGAGGAGGAAGAGGAGGUCGCUGCUGAGGAGCAGGAGGGUGCUGAGGAGGAGGCUGAUGAGUAA